GUAUGUAAAAUUUAAAAGUAUUAAUCUUUGGAUUUAAAGAAAUGUGAGGGGGAAAAAACUUGGUUUCUUUUCCUUCUUACAAUGUGAAAAAGCAAAGCAAAAGAAAAGGUAUGUCACAUAUUUACUCACAUACUUAGUGAAAAACAUACAAACGAGUAUGCAUACUAUAUUUUUUCAAAGCAAAGGGAAAUGUAUUAUGAAUUUUUUUUUUUUCUCAAAAAGAAAUGUAUUGUAUAAAGUAUAUAUGGCAAAAAAAAAAAAAAAUGUAUACUCAUGUGAUGCAUAUAUAUUUAUGUAAAUCCCUUUUAUCGUAAUCGCUUAAGGAUGGAUACGUUAUGCUAAAGCGUGACACUGCAAUCGCUUGAGGGAAAGCAAGAAAAAAUAGAGUUACGCACGAACAGUUUUCGCAAAAAUAAAUGUUUACUGGAGAUGAUGCUUAAGUGUGAGUCAUGGCAUGGCCUGUUUUAUGUAAUGUCAUGUAAUGUAAUGCAAUGCAUCAGCGUUUGUGUUAACUUUUGAACUUCUGCGAGUACUCUUUGAAAUUGUGUCAACUCAACACAUAUACGCAUGUGAGCGUUUAAAGGAAAAUAUGCCUCUUCACGAGUUAGAAAAUUGGCACUUUGCGUUCGUUCAGCAAUUUGGCAAUUCCUCGCUCAGCCGUUCACAGAUUGGCAGAUUAGCAGAUUGCAGUGUUCACCCGAUUGAUUAGCGGCUUACAGAUUAGCACCGUAUCGGCUUAACCGUUCAUCGUUCAAAUGGGCAAUCCAGCAUCGCACGUAAACACUUAAGCGCUGCGCCUUUUGCACAUGAGCAGAAAUGCUUCCAAGUGAAAAACUAAGUGAGCAGAGAUCAAAUGCAACCUGUAGAGAACAGGAAGGAUAAGAUACAUACGGAGGGCGGCAAAAGUGUAAAAAGUGUCAAGUGUGUCAAGUGUGACGAGCGUGCUAAACGUGUGGAGGGAAAUGCCUUAAAAACACAUUUCGUCACAGCCCCCUCUUGAUGCAAAAGAAGCCCUUUUCAGAACAAAUAAUAAUCGACUCAUUACGAAAAGCCCAAAAUGAACUAGAUAGGGGCUCUCUUUAUUCACUACAGGAGUCAGUCAACAGCAAUUGCAACUGCCUGAAUGAAGAGAAAAAGGCCAAAUUCCGAAAGGCCUUUGACGAAUUAAAUGCUCUGCUAGCCGUUAAGUCGAAUUUAACGGAGGAGAAAAUUCAAAUAUUAUCUGAAAAUAAUUCCAAUGGGUAUAAAAAUAAAGAAAUUUUGGGUCUAUUCAUGACGGGUUUUUUCUUUGCCAUCGGUUCAGUCACCCACUCUGUUUUUUAUUUGGUGAGCGUCUACGGUCUUUAUGUACUGCAUAAAGCCUCCAAGGAAAAUGAUAGCAAAAUUUACGUUGAAAGGAAAUUAAAUGAAAAUAAGGAUAAACUGUUAAGGAAUAAAAAAAGUAUACAAACCAUUUUGUCCGCUUUGGAGCAGGAUUUGAUGAAAAUAAAAUAA